UUCGUGACACGGUAGCCGGUGCGCUCUACCAAUUAAACAAGAUCGAAGGAUCGCCUUUCUCGAAACCGAUUCGCAACUAUAGUGUGCGUGUGUGCGCGUGAGUGUGUGUGCGCGUAGUGACACGCGUUAUCGGUGCGACGAAUCAUAUUACGUCGUUUGGUUCUUCUCUCGCGAUCACGUUUCUCGAAAGUUUUCGGACGUUCGACGAACAAGUAACGACUUUGGAGAAACAUCGAACAGAGCGCGAUUGGCCGAGCGAGUGAAUCGGUGUGUGGCAGCGCGCCUACGUCGCUCGUCGACACGAAAUAAUAAAUACUGCGAGAUCGUGGAGCGAAGGAAAGGGUGAAAUCAGUGUCGUAAUCGUCGGAGGGCGGAGAAAGUAUCGUCCAAUGUGUUUUCAACGAUUGUAGAUGCUUUCGGACGAGGCACAUAUAUGGAGAACAGUAUCGGCUGUUGGGCCGCUGUGAACGGAACGCGUGUUCGGCAACAAGCAUUCACCAAGCUCGAAAAAUGUACUGUUUCGAAACGUGGAAUAACUUGGCGUAAACGUUGCGCGGACGUUGAUUCGCGAUAUUAAUCGCGGUUACCGCUAUCGAAGCGUAGUUUCCUCCAGGCAGAACGUAACAGGAAGAUGGUUUCGCUGGCUAGGUAACGCUGCAACGCGAAUUAACUCGAAUUAAUCUGCUGCCGUUUAACGUUAUUUCGCUGACGGCGUCGCGCGGUGCCGAAUCGAUUUUUGCCGCAGGAUCCUCACCGAACGGAGGGGCGACCGUACGAAAAGGGUGAAAGAGAAGGUAGACGCGAAAGAGGAAGAAGGGACGGCAGGUCGAAAAAGGAAAGCCACGCUGAUUCGCGACUGGAAGACCUCGGAGUUGUACCUUAAGAUCGCAGAAACGCGCAAGCGUGCACGUUCGCCGAGGCGACCGACACGGACCAAACGGAGAAGAACCACGACGAUACAGAUGAAAGAGAGAGACAACGGGAGAACCAGUGCAGCCUCGCAACCUCUGUCUUUUUCCCUUUCUCUCUCUCCCCUCUCCUCUCUUUCUCCCUGGCUAGCUGUAAGGAUGUAAGGACUCGAGGAGGACGCGCGUGGUUCGCUCCUGCAACCAAAACGAGCCUUCUGUUCGCGAGGAAUCCUUCGGCCACUCGUUCCAAUGGAUAUUCGACUCGCAGCACGAGAUCGUAACUCGCCAAGAAACAACAGCGGAAACGACCAGCCACGUUGAGAGGGUAGGGCCGUAAACGGAGAAUGAUCGUCUCGUUUUUGUUAGAUUUUCUUUCCAAGGGCAGGCGACGCGAUUCGAGAAAGUAUGAAGCAACGCGGUGGAUAACGAGGCAUGUUAAAUAGCUAACGAACGAGAAUUUCCGAACAAUUGUACACAUGAGAUCGCGGUAUUCGAAGAAGAAGUCUCGAAGACGCGUCGAGGAAACGGCGAAAGGAUAAUAGAAAGUGGAGGAUGAAACGUAAGACGACUGUUUGAGCGGAGAGUGGACGAAGGGCCGAACUCAUGAGGCCGUUGUCCUUCGAGAACCUAAGGAGGCUCGUCGGCCGCAAGAAGGACCGCAACGAGCCAUCCUUCAAACGCAGCGAGUCCUUCAAAAGGAUAUCGAUAAGAAAAAGUUAUUUGGAUCGGGGCAAGCGACGUAACAAGCUUCAGAAAAACUUGGAGCCGACUGUCGCGCCGACUGCCAUCGAGUCCAACUUGAAGCCGAUCGAGAAGCAGACCAUAAUAAAGGAACAGAAACCGCGAAAGCUACAGGACGACACGUUGACUCGCGAAUCGAUCAGCUACGACGAAUGGCUACAGGGUGUUAGCUCGUCUUCACGCGAGAAACUGGACGAGGCGCAUCGCGAUCAGCAACAAAACAAGCAACAACACGUUCCGGCAAGAAACAACGUUUCCAAGGUUCAAAAGCAAAACGAAGCCGACCACGUGGCCGAGGACCUGAAGGUUCUCGAGUUGGACGCGUCGCCCGUGUUGCCCUCGAAACCGUUCAGAGUCUGCAACGAGACGAUCCAAGAGAAGAAUAGUCAUCAGGAUAUCCUGCAGGUUCAGGAACCGUCGAUCGAAGGACCACCCAGCGUCAGCAUCAAUCUCGGUCGAAUAUGGAGGGACGCGGUGCCGAUGCCCUUCCCUUCGUCCUCGGGUUCGUCGAUACACCACUCGUUAGAUAGCGCGCUGAAGGAGAGGAAGCCUCAACCCACCGUAGCGAGAACGGUGUCCGCUCCGGAGAAAAGCGUGGCUGGCAAAGACGUCUCGUCGGCGUUCGGAUUUUCUCUGAGGAUCGCCAAGCUGGCCGAUUUUCGUGCAGGGGCUACGAGGAAUGGUUUCUUUAACCGAAGGACGAGCAAACCGUCGCCAAGCGUGAGCGCCGAGGGUUACUUUAAACGAACGAACAGCUCGAGGCGGUCUAGUUCUCGACGACGUGGAAGGCGGACGUCUCAGAGGACGAAGAAGUCUCAGCUUCAGGUUCAGCCGGUGCGAUCGAACAGCCCCGUGUGGUUCGUACCACCGGAAAGGCGGCGCUCGAGACGUCAGAGACGAGUGUGGCGCGAGAUCAGAUACUUCCCUGAGACCGAAAUUCCCGUGAUCGAAAGAAUCGACGACUGUUCGUCGAAUCUGUCGGACGAUCAGUUCGACGAUCUGAAGCUGUUGCUUUCAGGGGACUUUAACGAUAGACGAGAGGGAGGCUUGAACUCGUUGGUCUCGUCCUCGUUGGGUUCCUUUUCAGCAACAUCCUCCUCAUCGUCGGCUUGUCGGGCACCAAAGAUCAGCGAUUUCAACGAAGACAAACUGUUCUCCGAGGAGCUACGAACCAGCGGCGUUCUCGCGCGAAGAACCACAUGGCGACCCAUAACUUCCAACUACUUCGCCAGCAACCAGUUUCUCAGCUUCCUGUCGAAAGGUUCGAGCAACCUCAUCGGCAAAGAGAGGACGAGGGCCGACUACAGGUGUCUCUCGUCUACCGACAGCGAAACCGAGGACGAGUCCGAUCGUGUUGGUCUUGAGCGCAGGAAAAGCUCUCACGCGAUGCAUAGGCAGCAAUACCUGAAGAGGCAAAGGUCGGGACUCAGAAGAAGGCCACUCAGGCGAAAGUCUCAGCUUCGAAAAGCUUCCGGCCAGCCAGUCUUUCUCGUGCGAAAGUGCUCGUCCUUGAGGAAAAGACCCAGGGACAUUACACAAAAGGGAUACGAAAAGAAACGGACGCGUCUACUGCAGCAGUAUGCGUCGAAGCAGUUGGGAGGCCGGCUAGUACCUGGCGGGAUCGCCAGUCCCCCGGGAUCUGGCGGCUCCACCGGAAACACCGGGAAUUCGAACUCAGCGGCUGCGAGACGCGGCAAUCGCAGACUUACGCGCAAUGAGAGCCGCUAUCAUUCCGAGGUGCGCCAGGAGGCGGUGCAACAAGCUUUGGCAGCGAUGCAGGGUCGUCCGAAGCCGUCGUUGCCGAUGCCAUCGAAAAGAACCUCCGUGAUGGCUAGGAGUCCCGACCGAGAGCGUCGCGACAGCGGGGAGUCGAGUAGCGACGAGGACAGCGUCGUCACCGAAGAGAGUCCUGGUGCUGGUGGUCCAACGGGCACAGGACUGUCGGAUACCAGCAGCACCGGUUCGGCGCGAGACACGCCUCCGCCUCCGAGACCACCGGCUAGGAGACCUCCUUGCGCGGACAUCACAGAUAUCGCGGAAUACACGCCUCACGCGUACUGCAACAUCCAGCCGCCGGACGUGACGCACACCAGCAACACUCCGGCUGCACAGCAGUCGACCAGGCGACCUGGCGCUGAUCGAGUGAAUCGUUAUCACGUGGUCGAGGAUCAGAACAACACCGGCACUACCGGCCGCUGGAAAGUAUCCGCUAAGAUUCAACAGUUGUUGAAUACUUUGAAACGACCGAAACGACGACCGUUGCCUGAAUUCUACGAGGACGAUGACAUCGAGCUGGAAAUCGCCGCCAAUCCCAAAGAUCCGAACGCUCCGAAACCGGAAGGCGGCUCUAUGACCUCCGCCGUUGGCGAGCCACUGUCGGUCGCCGCGGGAUUGCCCAGGUCGCUCGAGGCCGCCAUACAAAGGUAUGGCUCGGCAUCGUAUAAGGCGCCAGUGGCGACAGUUCUCGAUCCAAACGGCAAGCUUUGCGUGACGCUCACCUAUGGAAAGCUUCUGAGUCGUUCUCAUAAAAUAGCCUACACGCUGUUGAACAAGGCUCUAAGUCGCGGCGGGGAUUGUUGUUUGAAACCUGGCGAUCGAAUCGCCCUGGUUUACCCAAACAACGACCCCAUUAGCUUCAUGUGCGCAUUUUACGGUUGUCUUCAAGCCGGCAUUGUGCCUGUGCCGAUCGAAGUCCCUUUGACGCGUCGAGACGCAGGCUCCCAGCAGAUUGGUUUUCUUUUGGGCAGCUGUGGAAUUCAGGUGGCAUUAACCAGCGAAGCUUGUCUGAAAGGUCUGCCAAAAACGGCGGCUGGCGAGGUAGUGGCAUUCAAAGGCUGGCCAAAGCUUCACUGGUUCGUUACGGAACAUCUGGGCAAAACGCCGAAAGAUUGGCUGCCACCGCCGCGAUUAACCGACGACACUCCGGCGUACAUUGAGUACACGACGGACAAGGACGGGUCGGUGAUGGGAGUGACGGUGACGAGAUCGGCGAUGCUGGCACAUUGUCGAGCUCUGACGCAAGCCUGCGGCUACACGGAGGGAGAGAACGCCGUCUGCGUUUUAGACUUCAAACGAGAGGUUGGCCUGUGGCACAGCACCCUCACCAGCGUUCUAAACGGGAUGCACGUGAUCUUUAUUCCGUACGCUCUGAUGAAAGUAAAUCCCGCGAGCUGGAUGCAGAUGAUCACCAAGCAUCGUGCCAGCGUGGCUGUGGUGAAAUCGCGAGACCUCCACUGGGGUCUUCUUGCCACGAAAGAUCACAAGGACAUUUCCUUGUCGUCACUGAGAUUGUUGUUGGUCGCGGACGGUGCCAAUCCCUGGUCACUUUCUUCCUGCGACCAAUUCCUUUCGGUAUUCCAAUCUAAAGGUCUGCGGCCUGAUGCCGUGUGUCCGUGCGCGUCCUCCAGCGAAGCUCUCACCGUAUCGGUGAGAAGACCAGGCCGUGCUGGAGUAAACGCCACUGGACGAGGCGUGCUCUCUAUGUCUGGCCUGAGUUACGGCGUUGUCAGAGUCGAUCAAGAGAAUUCUCUCACUUCCUUGACUCUUCAAGAUUGCGGCCAAGUGAUGCCCGGAAGUAUCGUUGUUGUGAUCAAGAUGGAAGGACAACCGUUCAUCUGCAAAACCGACGAAGUAGGCGAGAUCUGCGUGCAUAGUUCGGCAACUGGGAACCAAUAUUGGGGACUACAGGGACUGACGAAUAAUACGUUUAAAGUCUCCCCGCUUCAAGCCGAUGGAAGUCCGCUGGGUGACGUAGAAUACACCCGUUCUGGUCUAUUGGGUUUUCUGGGUCCUGGUGGUCUUGUGUUCGUUUGCGGUUCGCGCGACGGUCUUAUGACGGUCACGGGAAGGAAACAUAACGCCGACGAUAUCAUUGCUACUGUGUUAGCCGUUGAACCCAUGAAGUUCAUUUAUCGUGGAAGAAUAGCCGUUUUCAGCGUACGCGUCCUCAGGGACGAGCGAAUAUGCGUCGUUGCAGAACAGAGACCCGACUGCAGCGAAGAGGAAAGUUUCCAAUGGAUGUCCCGGGUACUUCAAGCGGUAGAUUCCAUUCACGCUGUUGGAAUAUAUUGUCUGGCGUUGGUUCCGCCAAAUUACCUUCCGAAAACACCGCUGGGCGGUAUUCAUUUGUCGGAAACGAAACGACGUUUCCUAGAGGGUACUCUGCACCCGGCUAAUGUUCUUCUUUGUCCGCACACUUGUGUUACCAAUCUACCCAAACCACGCGAAGUCCAUUCAGCGGGGGAUUCUGUUGCAGACGUUGGUCCGGCCAGUGUCAUGGUGGGCAACAUUGUUCAGGGUAAUAGACUAGCUUCGGCCCAAGGACGAGACAUGGGUGUCCUAGACGAGGAUAGUGAUAAUGCUAAAAAGUAUCAAUUUAUUUCGGAAAUACUUCGAUGGCGUGCUGUCAGUACCUCCGACCAUGUUAUUUUCACGUCGCUGAAUGCAAAAGGAGCCGUAGCAACUUCCUUGUCAUGCUCUCAGUUGCACAAGAAAGCCGAACGGAUCGGCAAUCUGUUGUUAGAUCGUGGAAGAAUCAAUACCGGAGAUCACGUGGCAUUAAUAUUUCCUCCUGGUACUGACUUGAUAUGCGCGUUUUAUGGUUGCCUGUAUGUUGGCGCCGUGCCAGUUACGAUUAGGCCACCUCACCCGCAAAACCUCCAAACCACUUUACCAACCGUUCGCAUGAUCGUGGACGUCAGUAAGUCUGUGCUCGUGCUCACGAAUCAAAAUAUCCUGAAACUGUUGAAAACAAAGGAAGCGAAUAAUGUCGUCGACAUUAAGAGUUGGCCGACGAUUCUCGAUAUGGACGACAUGCCAAAGAAGAAGCUACCUGUUAUGUACCGAGCGCCCACAGCGGAGAUGCUGGCUUAUUUGGACUUCAGCGUCUCGACGACGGGGAUGCUCGCAGGAAUUAAAAUGUCCCACGCAGCGGUGACGUCUCUUUGUCGUGCCAUGAAACUUGCCUGCGAAUUGUAUCCAUCUAGACACAUCGCUCUAUGCUUGGAUCCCUACUCUGGAUUAGGAUUCGCUCUUUGGUGUCUAAGCAGUAUAUACAGCGGUCAUCAUUCCAUACUUAUACCACCGUCGGAGGUGGAAGCCAAUCCGGCAUUGUGGCUGUCGGCAGUUAGUCAAUCCAGAGUAAGAGAUACAUUCUGUUCUUACGGUGUGAUGGAAUUGUGCACGAAAGGUCUCGGUUCUUCUGUUCAUGCUCUGAAAGCGAGAGGCGUUAGUUUGGCCUGUGUUAGAACGUGCGUCGUUGUCGCUGAAGAAAGACCGCGAAUCGCACUUACUACGAGCUUCAGUAAACUCUUCUCCGCUUUGGGUCUGAGUCCCCGUGCGGUCUCGACCUCGUUCGGAUGUAGAGUAAACACCGCUAUUUGCUUACAGGGUGCAUCGAGCCCAGAACCUUCUACGGUAUACGUUGAUCUCCGCGCAUUGCGCAACGACCGAGUAUCCCUGGUUGAAAGAGGUAGUCCGCACUCUUUGUGCCUGAUGGAGUCAGGCAAAUUAUUACCAGGAGUGAAAGUAAUCAUUGCCAAUCCAGAAACGAAAGGACAAUGCGGAGAUUCUCAUUUAGGCGAAAUUUGGGUGCAGUCUGCUCACAAUGCCAGUGGCUAUUUCACGAUAUAUGGCGACGAGAGCGAUUACGCGGAUCAUUUUAACGCUCGCCUCGUAACAGGAAACACGAAUGAAGUUUACGCCAGAACUGGUUAUCUCGGUUUCCUAAGACGUACCGAAAGCGUUCAACAGUCGGUUAUCAGUGACAUUCCCGGUGACACAUCUACCGAGGCGGAUCUGGUUCCUGGUGAUUCUGAGUUACACGAUGCUGUGUUCGUGGUUGGCGCCCUCGACGAAGCCAUUUUACUUAGAGGAAUGCGAUAUCACCCGAUCGAUAUCGAAAACAGCGUAAUGAGGUGUCACAAGAAGAUAGCAGAAUGUGCCGUAUUCACAUGGACCAACCUCCUAGUAGUAGUGGUGGAACUCGACGGAAGUGAAAGCGAAGCUUUAGAUCUCGUGGCGUUAGUUACCAGCGCUGUACUAGAAGAACACCAUCUGGUAGUCGGUGUGGUAGUCGUAGUAGAUCCUGGAGUAGUUCCAAUAAAUUCGCGUGGCGAGAAGCAACGAAUGCACUUGCGCGAUGGUUUCCUAGCGGACCAGCUCGAUCCGAUUUACGUAGCGUAUAACAUGUGAGCGAUAUCAGAGAACGCAGAAAAUGCAUUACAUAACGAACAACAAGAGACUGGUAUCGUACUUUCCAGUCAUGUCCUUACUACCAUGCCGACGCAUAGGUAUUCUCGACUCGAAGUCGCGAACUGCAUUUCAAAUUUUUGUCCUUUGUUAAAGGAGGUGAUCUCUCUACGGAGAAGUUGGAAUAUAUUGCGAGGACUCGACGUAUUUUUAAAGCGAACAUCGUCCCUAAACAAUUUAUAUCCUUCGUUUGAAAGAAUAACGUGUGUAUUCAAAUUUUUUAUCUCGUCGAUGUAUUAAAAGGAGUAAGAAAGUUCGUCACACUUUGAAAUUUCCAACCGCUUGGUUAUCGAUACUUAUUACUUAUGAGAGGAAGCAUUACUUUCUGCGUUGUGAGUAGCAAGUGUGAACGCUCGUUAGGAGAGAAGGAGAAACAGGAAGAAUAUAAAAGAACCGCUGUAGACAGGAAAUGUCGACAAACGAUUACUUUAUAAAAAGUAGUCGACCGAGAAUUCUACUUAAAACGAUGAAGAAUGUCGAAGGAUAUGCUGAAAGCAUUAUGAAUGCUUACAGAGUUAAGGAGAUUUACGUAACCAUUCGUACAGCAUCAACGAUUCUCAACUCGCAGCGAAGAAGCAAAAAUGCAAAAUUAAUCUUGAACAUCUUCGAACUUGAGACUGCCACGGACAAGUAUAUACAGCUCAGACAUGACUCAGCUGUUUUUGCUAAAAUUAUGCUUUUAUACAUUGUAUUACCUGAAUAUUAAAGUGACGAAUAGUACCAGUCAUUAUUUAUCAACGACAUCAGAACGGUAGUGAGCUUUUUUAUAAGAGGAAAAUGGAAGAAGUUAUUUUAACGAAGAUGUAACUUUAACGAGUGAGUUUCAUUGAGAAAUCGCACUUUAUUAAAAAAAAAUGGACGAUUGUUCCGCGAACUAGGUACAGGUAUAUACAAUUAUCUGAUGUCUAUUAGAAAAAGUAAAAGAAUUUGAUACACUUUAUCGUAGACUCGUGUAGCUUGACAAUUUUUUACUACAUAAAGUAACGGUUAGCUAACGUAAUCACACUAUUGUAACGUAAAAAGUUUUAACUGUCUACAUUUUUUCUAAUAUAUCGUUGCUGGAAAGGCAUAUAUACAUAGUUCGCUAUCGCUCUGACUAUCUAAUUUUCGUUCGGGGAAGUUUCUACGUUGUUGGUGUCUUACAACGAUUUUUAGGUGAAUCGAUUUGGAGACAUGACCGAGUGGUCGUGACUUCAAUUCGAUAAAGGUUUCGUUACAUUUAGCUGCGUUGCGCACAACAUCGCUCUUUUUAUACGUUAAAGUAUUUAUAUUAUAUUUCACAGCACGCAGUAAACCCUGAAUACGGUGUUACAUACGUUCUGAAAGCGUACUUUUUUUAUACUCACGUCCAUUGAAAGUUUACUCUCUUCCGAUUUCGACGAAAACAAUGAACACAAAGUAGUAGUAUAUGUAUUCUUAAGUUUGUAAAGUUUGAAUGAAAAUGAUUUAUUGCGUGCUGAGAGGGUACACUUUGAAAAUCAGCCGAAUCACUUAGACAAUUUUUCCAUAAAAAAGAAAGACUAAGACGACGUUAACGCAAAUUUGCAUCUCAGGGUUUUACAUCAUUUAUGACAAAUGAUAUGAUAUAAAAAAAAAGAAGAAGCUAUUUAGAACAACUCUUUUUGGAUGACAUUUAAAAAGGAAGACAAGGAAUAUAAUAGCACAAAGAAUUCAAGCAAGAAAGUAGUCGAAAUAAGUAGCGCCGAUGCGUCUGACCCUGCAGUUUUUAUCUCUCUAGCCGAUAUGGAAAAGUUACCCUCGAACUAUAAAUAUCGGUCAACGUAUACGCCAAAAAUUUAAAUAUACGCCAACUUUCCUCUCCUUUUCUUCUUACCUUUUUAUGCACAAAUGCGUUCUUUUCGUGAAAUUGGUCUUUUUGAUCAAAGCUCAAUCUACGUAUAUCAACAACGCUACGACAAUAAUCGACUUUCGGGUUAAAAUCACUUAUUUUCUUUCUUAUUCUUACAUUCGAUUAAAUAUACGUUUAGUUUUAUUUGUUAACCGACCAGAGUUUCAAUCGAGCGUCGUAACUGAAAGUUCGAUUACUUGGAAAAUUGUAUCGAUUUCCAUAACAGGUUCAAAUGACAACGAGCGAGAUAUUGGCAACGUAUAGAUCAUUGUUGGCCUAUCGAUAAUUAUUUGCAAGCGCAGAGAUCUACUCAUGCAUGUAUGUACGUAUACUGUCUACGCCAUUUUGCUCAAACAUUGCGGAGAAGUAGAGAGAAAAGCAAAGAAGUAGAUGGGAAGAAUUACGGAUUAAAACCCGAAGGUCGAUCGCGUCCUUUCUCCUCUUAUUGGAGUUUUAUUAUUUUUGAGAUGUUUUCUAUCGAUGUGUACAUUUGUUGAUAGUUUUAUAAUUUUAUAUUCUUAUUUUAAUAUAAUGGCAUACGACUAUGAGGCGUGCGCCGACCCUCGAGGUACCGUGCAUCGGCUCUUGCCAGAAACGUGUUGCAAUUUAAACGAAGCGGACUUGUCAAUUUCAUCUUUUUCCUUUGCGUCGUUAGAAGGCUCGUAUUAAACUUCGUACGAAAAUAGACGCGCGUAUUAUAUUUUCUCUUGUAUCGCGCACUGUAAGAACGUAAGUAGUGCGAUGCAACCUGUUCCACAACUUGGUUAUGUUUACAACAGAGAUGUAACCUACGCUAACAAUAUUGGCGGUUUCUACAGAAAAAUGAAAUUUCACGCGAAAGAAAAGAAUAUCAAGGCCUAUUUUUGAACGGAACAAUAUUUUGCGCAAUGUUUCUCCCGGCAACAAUAACACUCGUAUAUAUUGAUCUAAUUCAGAAUAUUGAAUCGUUGAAGUGUAAGAACGUAAACUAUUCACGUUAUACGUGAAAUGAAUACGAGUAGACUAAGUAAUCGCACAAGGCGUGUCUAUAAUAAAUACGAAGUAGUAGAGUUAAAUACGAGCCUCGUAAUUGAAGAAGCCCAGUCUAUCGGGAACCGACUCCGAUCAUCGACGAUAACCUCGUUGACGCGAUAUGCAUAAUUCGCAAGUUAUAAUAAUAAUAAUUAGUUAUCCCAUAUUCCGGGCGCCAAUUUACAGGCGCCAAAAUGUAAAUACGUAUAGAAACAGACGAGUUAGGCUCCUUUUCUUCGACGCGUCUUACAUUUCUCACGGUUGCUGUAAUCGUAUUGGACACAAUGUUUGUGUUCGUUUGCGAUACAACGUACGCGAGAAUAUCGAAUUACGAGCUCUUGUUCGUUUCAUCUGUUUUGUGUUGGUAGCAACGAAACAGUGACUAUCAUCGGAUACGUACAACAGUAGGAAAAUGUAAAACGUUUCAAGCGUAAAGGGUGUUAAAUACGAUUCUAUAGACCCUCUCUUUAUUACUUUUUCUUUUUUUUUCUCUCUCUCUCUUUUAAUGAUUAAGGUAUCGUGCCAUGUCAUCUUACGUCCUUUCGCGCUUUUACGCACGAAGAGACACCGAUGAUAAUAAUAAAGAAUCGCGCGUCGCCGUUCUACAGGAUCGUAUAUCAAUUCACCGGUAUUUUAUUUAAAUAGUAGCUAUACGCCGAGAUUCUCGGAACGUUAGGCUACGUAGAAGCGUGCGUUGUGUUUGCGAAGACGCGAGGAUGCGCGCGACGAAACUGUUUCUUCGUGCGUAAAAGAUCCGGAAACACAGCGGUGCACCCCGAUCACGGUAGGAAUGUGCAGCGUCAGGAAGUUUUUAUCGAGUUUGACUAAAAACACACACACACAAAAAAAAAAAAAAAAGAAGAAAAAGAAGAACCCCGUCUUUUUAUUUAUUACAUAGCAGUAAAGCUAUACUUUCGCUUUUCGUUCCUGUUAACCUAUCCGUUUAGAAAAUGUGUUCGUCUAAUUUUCAAGUACAAACCGAAAUCGUAUUCUCACUUUUGACUGGUUCGUUCGUUUACUGUGUAAUGUCCAUUCAACGAUCUGUACAGAUCUGUACAUCUUCAGAGUGUUUCUACCGAGCUAUAACUGAGUGAGAGGAAAAGAGCGAUUGAGAGUUUUUUCACGAAAGUUUCAUUAUCGAGAAAGUAUUUUCAUUGACGAGUAUGUACCGCGCUAGAGUCGCGCGCCGAUUUGUUUGAUAUGCGUAUACACACGAAUCCACGGACCAUGCAAAUGGGGUCAUCGAAGGAUCGAACGAAAAGAGAAGGAACGUUACGCAAUCCUACGAGUGGGGCUGAGAGUGCGUGCGUGCGAGCAACCCGAUUGUAUUAUGUAUAAAUGUUGAUAACUAGUUGAUAGAAACGUGAAGAUACUUGUCACGCCGUUAACGAUCGCGUAUUAUCACGUUCGAUUCGGAACAAAAAAAAAAAAAAAGAAAAGAUAGGUCGAUCGAUUGUGAAAUCUUAGGAUCUCUCUGAGAAACGGUAUCGCGUAAUCCUGGACCCUGGUUUAAUGGUCCUAGGCUGUGUAAAUACUACCCUUGUACCCAUUGCGUUUAGAGGUUACUAAGGUACAAUAUAGUUUGUACGUUGAAGUAUAUAUAUAUUAUAUAUAUAUAUAUAUAUAAAUAUUACUACACAGAGUAAUAAUAUAAACGGUCGCUGUCCUUACCAAGCCGUAGCAUUUUGCCUGUAUCAGUCGGACGAGAAUAUUAAUAUUUCGUGUAUCCACCCCUCGUACCAAGUACCAGCCCGUUUUCAUUCCUUCUCGUCUCUUCGAUCGAGACGCGGAAGGAUUGAUAAAAAAAAAAAAAUACAGAAAAGAGAAGAAAAAAUAAACGGGAUAAACGCGAGAAAUCGAAGCACAGGAAUUAUAGGAACAUCAUAGCAAUUUCUCUAUGGUCCGUAGCGGACUUUUUCCUUGUUUCAAGUGAG